UGGAGACCCCCUGAGCCCACCAUGGAAGAGGGCUCCCGAGAUCGGGCGGCGUUCAUUCGGGGCGCCAAGGACAUCGCCAAGGAAGUGAAGAAGCACGCAGCCAAGAAGGUGGGGAAGGGCCUGGACCGGGUCCAGGACGAAUAUUCCCGCAGAUCCUACUCCCGCUUCCAGGAGGAGGACGACGACGAUGACUUCCCAGCCCCCGCCGACAGCUACUACCGCGGGGAAGGGGCCCAGGACGAGGAGGAAGGGGGUGCUUCCAGCGAUGCCACGGAGGGCCACGACGAGGAUGACGAGAUCUACGAGGGGGAGUACCAGGGCAUCCCCCGCGCAGAAUCUGGGGGCAAAGGCGGGCAGAUGGCAGACGGGGCCCCGCUGGCUGGUGUGAGGGGGGGCCUAGGCGAUGGGGAGGGUCCCCGCGGAGGCCGCGGAGAAGCGCAGCGGCGGAAGGAACGGGAAGAGCUGGCCCAACAGUAUGAGACCAUCCUGCGCGAAUGUGGCCACGGCCGCUUCCAGUGGACACUCUACUUUGUGCUGGGGCUGGCGCUCAUGGCCGACGGCGUUGAGGUCUUCGUGGUGGGGUUUGUGCUCCCCAGUGCCGAGAAGGACAUGUGCUUGUCGGACUCCAACAAAGGCAUGCUGGGCCUCAUCGUCUACCUGGGCAUGAUGGUGGGCGCCUUCUUCUGGGGUGGCCUGGCCGACCGGCUGGGCCGGAGACAGUGUCUACUCAUCUCACUCUCGGUCAACAGUGUCUUUGCCUUUUUCUCAUCUUUUGUCCAGGGUUAUGGCACUUUCCUCUUCUGUCGCCUCCUUUCUGGGGUUGGGAUCGGCGGCUCCAUCCCCAUUGUCUUCUCCUAUUUCUCCGAGUUUCUGGCCCAGGAGAAGCGUGGGGAGCACUUGAGCUGGCUCUGCAUGUUCUGGAUGAUUGGUGGGGUGUAUGCGGCUGCCAUGGCCUGGGCCAUCAUCCCCCACUACGGCUGGAGCUUUCAGAUGGGGUCCGCCUACCAGUUCCACAGCUGGAGGGUCUUUGUCCUCGUCUGCGCCUUCCCCUCUGUCUUUGCCAUCGGGGCUCUGACCACACAGCCCGAGAGUCCCCGCUUCUUCCUGGAGAAUGGGAAGCACGACGAGGCCUGGAUGGUGCUGAAGCAGGUCCAUGACACCAACAUGCGCGCCAAGGGGCACCCUGAGCGCGUCUUCUCGGUGACCCACAUUAAGACGAUUCACCAGGAGGAUGAGUUGAUUGAGAUCCAGUCGGACACUGGGACCUGGUACCAGCGCUGGGGUGUCCGGGCCUUGAGCUUGGGGGGCCAGGUCUGGGGAAAUUUUCUCUCCUGCUUCGGACCUGAGUAUCGGCGCAUUACACUGAUGAUGAUGGGCGUGUGGUUUACCAUGUCCUUCAGCUACUAUGGCCUGACCGUCUGGUUCCCUGACAUGAUCCGCCACCUCCAGGCUGUGGACUAUGCAUCCCGCACCAAAGUGUUCCCUGGAGAACGGGUGGAGCACGUGACGUUCAACUUCACUCUGGAGAACCAGAUCCACCGUGGGGGCCAGUACUUCAACGACAAGUUCAUCGGGCUGCGUCUGAAGUCCGUCAUCUUCGAGGACUCCUUCUUCGAAGAGUGUUAUUUCGAGGACGUCACAUCCACCAACACAUUUUUCCGGAACUGCACAUUCGUCAAUACCGUGUUUUACAACACUGACCUGUUCGAAUACAAGUUCGUGAAGAGCCGCCUGUUGAAUAGCACCUUCCUGCACAGCAAGGAGGGCUGCCAGCUUGAUGUGACGGGGACGGGCGAAGGUGCCUACAUGGUCUACUUUGUCAGCUUCCUGGGCACACUGGCUGUGCUCCCGGGGAAUAUCGUGUCCGCCCUGCUCAUGGACAAGAUCGGCAGGCUCCGGAUGCUUGCUGGCUCCAGCGUCAUGUCCUGCGUCUCCUGCUUCUUCCUAUCGUUUGGGAACAGUGAAUCGGCCAUGAUUGCUUUGCUCUGUCUCUUUGGGGGGGUCAGCAUCGCCUCCUGGAAUGCGCUGGACGUGCUGACCGUUGAGCUCUACCCCUCGGACAAGAGGACGACUGCCUUCGGCUUCCUGAACGCUCUGUGCAAGCUGGCAGCAGUGCUGGGGAUUAGCAUCUUCACCUCCUUUGUGGGGGUCACCAAGGCUGCCCCCAUCCUCUUUGCCUCGGCUGCCCUGGCCCUGGGGAGUUCUCUGGCCCUGAAGCUGCCCGAGACCCGAGGGCAGGUGCUGCAGUGAGGGGCCCUGGGGCUCCGAGGCGGCGGGCACACUGUGAGACCAACAGUUCCUCCUCCCUGCUCCUGCCCUGUGCCCCCAAGCCCCCCGUGUUGGUGUCUGAGCCAUGGGAGCGUGUGUGUGUCUGUG